AUGGACUCGGCGCCGAUCCAGAGCACACGUGGACUCAUGCCGCGCCAACAGAACCGGCUGCAUCUUCCCAUCAUCUUCAUUGGACACAGCUUAGGUGGCGUCAUCAUCAAGCAUGCGUUAUGCGGACAAGAUGCCGAAGAAACCGUUGAUGAUACCUCUGGUAUCAUCUUCCUGGGCACCCCCCAUCUUGGCUCGUCCGCGUCGGUCGCUGGUGCCAUCUUGGCCUUCGCGACUCGACUGCUCGGGUCCGACACGACGUUGCUCCUGUCUCUGAAGAGCCAUGAUGCGCAGCUCAGCAACCUCGCGGCCAGGUUUCGGUCGGUCGUGGUCCAAAAUGAAAGACGAGGGCAGGAGACUAGGAUCAUCUCCUUCUACGAGACGAAGCCCACGUAUCUGCUUGGGUGGCUCUCUCUAGGUCGGGUGGUGGCGCGGGACUCAGCAGUUGUCCACGCGGAUGAAGAACACGACAUCGACAGCGAUCACAGCGGGCUCAAUAAGUGUGCCGGGCGAGGCGACGAGCUAUAUCAGAAGCUAAAAAAGGCAGUAGACGACCUGAGAGUCCCAUCACUGCUAGAACAAGCCGACAAACUUAUUUGCGACAAACACUACACGGAAAGCAAGCUAAGGAUUGAGCGACUCUCGGGCGACCAGUUGCCGAUGGAUCAGUGCUACAUAAACCUUGCCAUGGUGGAGAAGUUUGGCCCGGAUGCAGACCGCUCAGACCAACGGGACGCAAACCUGUCCCCGUUUACUCUACUGUCUCGGCAGAAGGCUGAGACGCCCUCCAACGCCGACAGCAGCAAGACUCUAUUUCUACUCGACGGCUUGGACGAGCUAUCCCAGGACCUGACUGGCCACGGCAGCAUACCCAACUUCCUAGCUGAGCUUCUACAACAGCGGAAUGUGAUCAUCACCUCCCGACCCAACGCCAAUCACCCAGCUCUCCAAGAUCUUGACCUCGAAUUAGAAACGAUAGCAUUCUCUCCAAAGCAGGUGAACGCCUACCUGGACGCUGAUCCCAAUAUGAUGCCAAGAGCCAACGAGGUCAAGUCCUUUCUUCAGCAUCAUCGGCUCAUUCAGGGUCUAGUGCGCAUCCCCAUUCAAUUGGACGCUCUUUGUUACGCCUGGGAAGACCUCAAGCGUACAACAUUGCCGAACACCAUGACCCGAAUAUACCAAGCGAUCGAGCAAAAGCUGUGGAAGAAGGACGCCGUGCGAUUGAACAAAAUAUCAGAGGGUGAUGCUCAAAUCGCUCGACCGGCCGAGAUCAAGCUCCGAGUCAAGACCGAGAUAGCGCUUCUUGAAUGCUUUGCAUUUAAUGGCCUGCACAGCGACGUGAUAGACUUCACGCCAGACCAUCGAGACAAACUUGUCGAGAUGUCCCAAUUGUCGGAUCUGCCACUUGACGAGACCCUUGCGCGGCUCUCUUUUCUACGGACAUCAGACCCUUCAACAAGGCUUGAAGACCGAAACUACCACUUUCUACACCUGACCUUUCAGGAGUUUUUCGCGGCGCGGUACUUCGUCAAGCAGUGGAAGGAUGGCAAACCACUCGCACACUAUUCAGAAGCGACGGUGGCUGCGCUGGCGCCGCUGCUCAAGGAUGAGGACGACAACGUCCGCCUCCGUGCUGCUGAGGUCUUAGAAAAGCAGUCGAAGCUGCCAGAGACGGCGCUGUCGGCGCUAGGGGCGCUGCUCGAAGACGAGGAGUGGACUGUCCGCAUCCGCGCCGCCGAGAUCUUAGAAAAGCAGUCGAAUCUACCAGAGGCGACAUUAUCGGCGCGAGGGGCACUGCUCAAGGACGAGGACGAGGACAUCUGCCUCCGUGCCCCUGCGCUCUUAGAAAAACAGUCGAACCUACCAGAGGCAACGCUGGCGGCGCCGGAGGCACUGGCGGCGCUGGAGGCCCUGACACCGCCGCGCAUGAACAUGAAGGUGAUUGCCCGCUCGCACGCCACCGAGACCUUCUUGUGGAGGUUGUGGCUACUGCUGGCGGUGCUGUUCGCGGUGGAGAUGCUCAAGAGCAUGGAGUACACUGUCCCCCACCUCGUCCCCGAGGUGGAGGCGCUGUUGGCGCUGUCAGCGCUGGUGGCGCUGGUGGCGCUGGCGGAGCUGGAAGCCCUGGCGAAGCUGGAGGCCUUGACGGCGCCGCGCAAGAACAUGGAUGUGAUUGCCGCCGAGACCUUAUUGAGGCAGUCGAAGCUACCGCUGGCGGCGCUGUUGGCGUUGGUGGCGAUGCUCAAGAGCAGGAUGUACACUUUUCUCUACUCCGGUGUCCCUGACUUCGUCCCCGAGAUCUUGGAAAGCCAGUCGAAGCUACCAGAGGCGGCGCUGUCGGCGCUUGUAGCGCUGCUCAAGGACGAGGAGGAGAUUGUUCGCUUUCGUGGCGCCAAGGUUUUAAAAAAACGGUCGAAGCUACCAGAGGCGACGCUGGCGAUGCUAGAGACGCUGCUCAAGGACGAGGACAAGGAUGUCCGCCUCCGCGCUAUCGAGAUUUUAGAAACGCAGUCGAGGCUAUCAGAGGCGACACUAUCGGCGCUAGGGGCGCUACUCAAGGACGAAGACGAGGACGUCCGCCUCCGUGCUGUCGAGGUCUUACAAAGGCAGACGAAGCUACCAGAGGCGACGCUGGCGACGCUAGAGACGCUGCUCAAGGACGAGGACAAGGGCGCCCGCCUCCUCGCCACCGAGAUCUUAGAAAAGCAGUCGAAUCUACCAGAGGCGAUGCGGUCGGCGCUAAGGGCGCUGCUCAAAGACGAGGACGAGGACGUCCGCCUCCGCGCCGCCGAGGUCUUGAAAAUGCAGUCGAAGCUACCAGAGGCGACGGUAUCGGCGUUGGGGUCGCUGCUCAAGGACGAGGUCGAGGACGUCCGCCUUCGCGCCGCCGAGAUCUUAGAAAAGCAGACGAAGCUGCCGGAGACGGCGCUGUCGGCGCUAGGGGCGCUGCUCGAAGACGAGGAGUGGACUGUCCGCAUCCGCGCCGCCGAGGGCUCAGGAAAGCAAUCGAAGCUACCAGAUGCAGCGACAGGGACGCUGGCGACGCUGUUGGCGCUAUUGACGCUGCUCAAUGACGAGGAGUGGACUGUCCGCUUGCGCGCCAUCGGGGCCUUGGGGGCGCCGUCGAAGCUACUAGAGGCGUCGGCGCUGGGAGCGCUGCUCAAGGGUGAGGACGAGGAGAUACGCUUCUGUGCCGCCAUGGACUUACCAGAGGCGACGCUGUCGGCGCUGGUGGCGCUGGUCACAGACGAGGAGUGGAACAUCUAUUUGCGCGCCGCCGAGAUAUUUGAAAUGCGGUCGAAGCUGCCAGGGGCGACGCUGUCGGCGCUGGGGGCGGCGCUGCUCAAGGACGAGGAGAGGGUCGUCCGCUUGAGCGCCGUCGGGGCCUUAGGAAGGCAGUCGAGGUUACCAGAGGCGACUGUGUCGGCGCUGGUGACGCUGCUCAAGGACGAGGGCGAGAGGGUUCGCUCGCGCGCCGCCAUGGCCUUAGGGAAGCAGUCGAAGCUACCAGAGGCGACGGUGUCAGCGCUGGUGGCGCUGCUCAAAGACGAGGAGUGGACCGUCCGCUCCCUCGCCGACCGGGCGUUAGCAGGCCAGUCGGACCUGCCAGAGAAGUUCCUCAAAUCUAUCGGCUCGUUGCUGGAAUCUGAAAACCAGGGUGAGAUUACUGCCUCUGCUAUUUGCAUUCCCGAAUAUGCGAGAUUGUUAUAUCAGAUUUCAACCAGCCAGAUGGAUUGCGAGCAGUUUCUUUCGAGCAUAACCGGCCCGAUCGAAUCCUGGACGCAAUCAGAAAGCACUGCCACUGGUGGAAUGCUCACAGCUACACGCUCUGGGAUCGUUGCGAUGGAGAGGCUGUUCGCCAAGCGCUAA